CAAAACAGAACCACAAUGGGGAGGCCAAAUCUCCCCGAAUACGGGCGCAUGUCAAUCACAGGCCCUCAUGUGAUGGCUUUUGCCGGUGACGUGCAGCCAUAUGGGCGCUGGCAUCGCAGCCUCAUAGCUGGUAUAUCUAAAAUGUUGACGAGGCUUUUCAGCGACCCCUCGUUGCUGCCCGACGUGCAGAAAUAUUCGGGCUGGGCCGAAGACAGCGACGGCGACGACGGCAAACUGAAAGACGACGACGCCGACCCGGACACCCAGGACGACAUGGACGACAUGGACGACCUGAGGGGAGACAGCCGGACGCACUCGGAGCACGCCGGCGAGGACGACGAAGACGACGAUGCGGAGGAGGACGACGAUGACGGCGAGGACACGGAGGGCGAGCGCCCCAAGAAGCGGGGCCCUAAGAAGCGCAAGAUGACGCAGGCCCGCAUCGAGCGCUCCAAGAUGCGGCGCGUCAAGGCCAACGCCCGCGAGAGGACCCGCAUGCACGACCUGAACUCCGCGCUGGACAACCUGCGCAAAGUAGUGCCGUGCUACUCCAAGACGCAGAAACUGUCCAAAAUCGAGACGCUGCGCCUGGCCAAGAACUACAUCUGGGCGCUGUCGGAGAUCCUGCGCUCGGGGAAGCGUCCCGACCUGGUGUCCUACGUGCAGACGCUGUGUAAGGGUCUCUCGCAACCCACCACCAACCUGGUGGCCGGAUGCCUGCAGCUCAACUCCCGCAACUUCCUCACCGAGCAGCCGUGCCCCGACGGCGCCCGCUACGCCUCGGGCUCCUUCUCCAUGCACUCAUACCCGUACCAGUGCGCCCGGCUGUCCAGCCCCCACUGCCGCCAGGGCUCGAACUCGCACCCGCUGGGCUCGCACGGCUACUGCCCGGCCUACGACCCGGUGUACGGCGGGAGCGCGUCCCCGGAGUACAACAGCCCCGAGUACGAGGCGCCCCUCAGCCCGCCGCCCCUGUCCAUCAACGGCAACUUUUCCCUCAAGCACCAGGGUUCGGCGUCUCCCGACAACGACAAGGCGUACCACUACUCUAUGCAUUACCCCGGCCUGCCCGGCUCCAGGCCCGGCGGCGCCCACAACCUGGUGUUUGGCUCCUCCGGGGCCCGGAGCGGCAUUCACUCGGAAAACGUCCUGCCUUACCACGACAUGCACUUACAUCCCGAACGAGCCCCCGCAUACGAAGAACUCAACGCCUUUUUCCACAACUAGCCACAAUCUGACCACUUUUAUCGGAAUCAAGACGUGAGUUUUGUUGAACUUCAUCCAGAAUUCCCCUUCUUGUUGUUUUUUUUUGCAAUGGUCAGGGAAACGAGCGGGAAGGGGCGCACAUGAAACACCACGUUGAUUUUUAAAGUAAUCAUGUUUUUUUUUUUCAUUAUUAUUUAAAAAAAAAAAAAAGAUGUACUUUGUAUUUGUGUUGAUGCCUGUUUGCAGUUUUCCCACUUUUACACAGGAGACAUUUAAAAAAAAAGAAAAGUUUCCUCCUGUGUACAUUCUGUGUUUUCAUUGCUUUUAAUUUAGCAGAGAACAAUAACGUUUUUUUUGUUGUUGUUUGGCAUCUAUGCAAAAGCAGACAUGACAACACACACUUAAAAAAAAUACACUUUUCUCUCUUUUUUGUUAUUUUAUUACCAAGUGAACCAUUGCACUGUAUUAUUUAUUGUAUUAUUUUAAUGUAUUAAAUUAUCAUUCUGCACAUCUAUUUAUUAUUGUUGGGUUUUUUUAUGUAAUUAAUGUGAACAGUCAUGAAGGGAUUCCAUGUGCUUAUUUAUUUAUUUAUUUAUUUUCCAUGGUUCAACUUUGUAUUCAAUCAACUGUGUGGUUAAAAAAUGAAAUAAAAUGACAAAAAGCGA